AAAAGAAAAGGCCAAAAAACGAAACCCCUCCCCCUCACUCUGAUCGACUUGACCUUCUCAAUUCGCUCCCCCGCCAGCAGCUCGCACUCGUCUCCCACCUUCUUUCUCUCUGCAAUUUCCCCCAAAGUCCCCCCUAGAUAUUUUUUUCCGUCUGGAGUUUCUUUCUCCCAUCUCUCUCCCUUUCAGGAUUCUCACAUCACAGGUUUGUCGAGCUGUUCUUUUGUUGCUCUACUGCGUCGCGGGAGUUUCCCCCCCGGUGGAGUGGGCUUGAGCUAAAGGAGAUCUGGAUCAGCGGCGGGGUGAAUUCAGCGAGCGUUCUGAAGCGCCAGAACGGGUUGAAUCGACGAAAGUAGUGAAGAAAGACGGUUUGCAGGGGGAGGAGGAGACGGUGAAGAUGAGUGAAGGCCAGAAGUUCCAGUUGGGGACGGUGGGUGCUUUGAGCUUGUCGGUGGUCUCGUCUGUCUCCAUUGUCAUAUGCAACAAGGCGCUGAUCAGCACUCUCGGUUUUACUUUUGCCACGACAUUAACAAGCUGGCAUCUUUUGGUCACUUUUUGCUCCCUUCACGUGGCGUUAUGGAUGAAGUUGUUUGAACACAAGCCUUUUGAUGCAAGAGCUGUAAUGGGAUUUGGCAUAUUGAAUGGGAUUUCCAUUGGACUUUUAAAUCUUAGCUUGGGUUUCAAUUCUGUUGGUUUCUACCAGAUGACAAAAUUAGCAAUCAUCCCGUGCACUGUCCUGCUGGAGACCCUGUUCUUCAGAAAACUAUUCAGUCGAAAUAUCCAGUUUUCACUGCUGAUCCUCCUUCUCGGUGUUGGAAUUGCAACUGUGACUGAUCUACAGCUUAAUAUGUUGGGCUCUGUCUUAUCACUGCUUGCAGUUCUUACUACCUGCAUUGCUCAGAUUAUGACAAAUACCAUCCAGAAGAAGUUCAAAGUUUCGUCAACCCAGCUUUUGUAUCAAUCUUGCCCCUAUCAGGCAUUAACUCUGUUCAUCGUUGGUCCAUUUCUAGAUGGGCUCCUAACCAACCAAAAUGUUUUUGCUUUCAAGUACACCCCUCAAGUCCUGUUCUUCAUCGUACUCUCCUGCUUGAUAUCAGUCUCUGUAAAUUUCAGUACAUUUCUGGUAAUUGGAAAGACAUCUCCAGUCACCUAUCAGGUCCUUGGUCACCUAAAAACAUGCCUAGUAUUGGCCUUUGGCUAUGUACUGCUUAAAGACCCGUUUAGCUGGAGGAACAUUUUAGGUAUCCUUGUUGCUGUAGUUGGGAUGGUGCUGUAUUCCUACUGUUGCACGUUGGAGACCCAGCAGAAGCCCCAAGAACCAUCAGCCAAACAGCCUGAGCAGGGCAAUGAAAAUGAAUCGGACCCUCUCUUAAAUGCGGAAAAUGGAAGUGUAAUGACAGGCGAUGGUGGUGCAAUAAAAGCCCCUGCAUGGAAGUCAAACAAGGACCUGCACGCAUGAAGGCUGCGCCCCUCAUGUUCUGCAGCGCGGAUAUAUUCACCCCGAAUGUAGAGGGAACCCGUAGACUGAAUUGAAUCCAGCGAUGAAGAUGUUGCUGGAGAAAGGGGGUGUCCAUGUGUUGAUGAUGACAUAGGAGCAGAGAGCAAGUUGGCAGACCACUCUGAAGAUCGUUACUUUAUUUUUAUCUAUGGGUAGACUUUGAAAAGAGUUGGGAAGGAAAAUGUGGCGUUGAUAUAGUAAUUUUUUUACUGAUUAGUCUUUUGUAUGGAAUCAGGCAGGGAGCUUGAGAAUGAGAGCAUGGUGGCAGAAUCGGAUUCAUUAAAUCUUAUACUGUUAGUUCCUUACGGACUGGAUAAAUUUCUACGAUGUAGUUCUUUCUUGAUAAAAUGGACUAUUCCCUAUCAAUCAGUAGGGGGGACUCUUUUGGCUGCGAAGACAGAGUAGCCAAUUGAGGCAUGGCGUCGAGUUCACUUUGGGUUAAGUGUUAUUUUAUUUGAAUAGGAG